AUGGAAGAAGGUGAAACAAUCACUGCCAUGUUUACUCAUUCUACACACAUCACAAAUGGACUAAAAGCUCUUGGUAGAGAAUACUCUAUGGAAAAUAAUGUGCAUAAAGUCCUUCACUCUCUACUGGCAUCCUGGCUCGCCAAGUCCACAGCAAUUGAGGAAGCAAAGGACCUAUCAAAAGUCACUUUUGAUGAGCUGAUCGGGUCUCUCAUGACCUAUGAGAUCAAGAAGAAAAAUGCUACCGCGGAAGCUAAAGCACCCAAGAAGGCUACCGGAAUUGCUCUAAAAGCUGGAAAGAAAAAAGAGCUCGUAGAAGAGGAAAAAAAUGAUGAUGAUGAAGUCACUCUCCUCACAAGAAGAUUCAGAAAUUUUCUAAUGAACAAACGAGGUCGCAGAAAAAAUGAGAAAAGAGAAUCAAGCAUAAGAUGCUACAAUUGCAAAAAGAUCAGGCACUGCAUGGUCGACUGUCCUCUCUUUAAAACCAAAGGCAACAAUCAACAGGGAGACAAAAAGAAGUUCAAAGCUAUGAACGCAACUGAAUGGGAUGAACUAGAUGGAACCUCAACUGACAAAAAAAUCGAGGAAGAAGUUGCCAACUUCUGCCUUAUGGCGGACGAACAAAGUGAGGUGUGUGUUUACGUGUGCGUGAGCGGCUCACGGCUGGUGGUGAUCAAGAUGGGUGACCGGAGCAGUGGUGGAGUGGAUGCGGGAGAGUGUUCGCCGGAGGGAAUCUGCUGCGAGGGGGAAGACCGAAUCUGGGGAGCUGCUGGUGUUGGUUGGCCGCGAACACCGGCUGGGUUACCGGAGUUGAUGACGGGGUUGGGCACAGCGACGACGAAUCGGUAG